AUGUCUACCUCUGUCGGCACAACCUACCUUUUGAUCUCUUCACAAGCUGCCAUCACAAAAGCCAAUACAAUCGUAGUCACCGACGUCGUGACAACUUCGAUUGCAAUCACUCCCACGUCUACGACUACAGUCGUCGAGACAGUGACUGCAACGACCACUGUGACCAGCACCAGCACGCCAUGGGGGGAUCGGACGGCAUGGGCGACUCCUCCGGACAUGAAAGACUUAUCUGCGUUUAACGUCACUCACUUUCCCAGUGGGAAGCAGAAUGUCGCCAUCAUCGACAGUGUCUCUGCACUCGCCAUUAGCACAACAAAUAUACAUGACGUUACGGGCUUCACCGCCGCCUUACAGCUUGUUUACCCAGCAUACUCCGUCAAUCCUUCCAGCAAAUCCCCAGGUGGGGCGGAGUUUUAUGCGUCGCCAUUGAACCUAAGCGAUGCCAAAAAUGUCACAAUGGAAUACAGCGUCUACUUUCCCGCGGAUUUCGACUGGGUGAAGGGCGGAAAACUGCCAGGUCUGUACGGUGGCCAUACAGGCUGUUCCGGGGGAGCUGCUGCCGAAGACUGCUUUAGCACACGACUGAUGUGGAGGCAAGACGGUGCCGGCGAACUGUAUCUAUACGCUCCAAAGAGGAAGCAAACAAAUGCGUUAUGCUCGGAUCCCCAGUCAGUCUGCGAUGCUGAGUACGGGCUCUCAAUUGGAAGGGGAUCGUUCCACUACGGCACAGGGAAUUGGACGACAUUGCGCCAGGACGUCGUGCUCAACACGCCUGGAAAGCAGGAUGGAGCGUUCACUUUAUUCGUUAACGGGAUGCGGGUGAUCAACCGGACAGACAUAUUUUAUCGCGACGCACCUCGGCAGAAAAAGAAGUCAAAAUCAAAAACCAAUUCCAAGUCUUUGACGCCGCCAACUCCACAACAAACACAAGGUGGGCUGCUGGGGAUUCUGGCAGUGACAGCCACAGCGCAAGAAGCUGUGGCUUCUCAAUCAUCCGUCAUACAUACAGCACGAGAAGCGCCGACGAUCCUCGUCGCUGAGAGGAUCUCUGUCUUGAGUAAUAGUGCCAGUGAUUCCAGCGAUGAACCGGCGGUGGGUUUUGUUGGGCUUUUCUUCAGCACUUUCUUCGGCGGGCACGGAGACGGCUGGGCCACUCCCAAGCAACAGUACACGUGGUUCAAAGACUUUGCCAUUAUGCGCAACUUUUGA